GUUCUCUCGUCUGUUCCAGGCGUGAAGACACAGAUCGAGGAGAGGAAGAACAGAUGGCGACGACGCCGGCGCCCGGCUGGCGCGCCGCCGCAUCCACUAGCUAGCGCGCCGCCGUCUUCCCCCACGUCGGCCGCCGCUCUUCUUCCCCACCUCGCCGGCGCAGCUUCUCCCACCGCGCCGCCUCUCCUCUCCACCACCCAGUGAACUCCGCCGCCAUGGAAGGCUCUCUCUCUCAUCCUUCCAAUCGAUCUCCUCGACCUGCUAUGCUCAUCCCGUCGAAAAGUUCGAUUCUUUUGCUCCGAUCGUUUCGCUGUAGAUUUGGUUUUGUUUUAUUUGUGUUUUGCUUUUCUUUUGGUCUCUCUUUUUUGUUGGAUCGAUCUUGUCUCCGACGAUGUAAAUUUAUACUUUCGUUCUUCUGAAGUUGGCAAUGUGGAAGAACUAUAUGGAGACCUGAACUGGGGGUUCCCAUCGAUCAAAUCUUAUCAUUUUUUUUGGUUUUUUUAGUUGAGAUUUGGUCAGGGGCAAAACGGUCCGAGAAAAAGUUAUUUUUAUGGAAAAUGUAAGCGAGCGAAACCAGCUUUUAACAGUGGCACAUAUACAAUUCUCCCCUCCGCCCGUGACGGUUUCGGCGACAAAACGAAACCCGCCCCCACCCCCACACCCAAAAUCCGUGUGCGCCGCCCCGCACGGCCGCGCCCCCCGUCCUCGCCCCCGUCGCCGCCUAUAUCACCGACGACCCUGCUUUGCUUUCCUCCUCCUCCUCCUUCUCAGCGCGAGUUAGAUCUCCACAGGAGAGAAUCCCAAUCGGGCCCCUCCUCCGCCCCUCUCCCUCUCCCCCCUCACCGUCGGCCUGCCGGCGACGGUAUAUCGAAUCGAGUGCUGGAGCAGCUCUCCAUGCAGGAAUCGUGAACUGCUGGUCUGUUUUGCUGGACCGAGACGAUUGCUUUGCUUCAUGAUUCUUGCCGAUGCUGACCGUGUUGCAUUGAUUGGACCGGGGCAUGGGAAUCUCUGAAUCUGAAUGAGUGCCUUCCAUUAGAGUGAACAUGGACUCAAGAGUUGGAGUGGUCCUAUUCUUCCUGCUCUUUGUCCUUGUCCGCGAUGUCUCAGCGGUCGCUGAGACAGAGGUUGGCGUUGUGCGCGUCGUGCAGGAAGCGCCUGAUAGGAAGCUUGAGGGCGCAGGCGGGCAGGAUGGGUUCAAGAGCGGGAAGGUGCCGGUGUCUACGGUCGCGUGGUCGACGCUUGCAAUGGCCGCUGCCACCGGUUUGGGUGCUCUGCCAUUCUUUUUCCUGGAGCUAGAGGCCCAGUGGGCGGGACUUUGCAAUGGACUCGCGGCAGGGGUGAUGUUAGCGGCGAGCUUUGAUCUUGUGCAGGAAGGGCAAAUGUAUGGCAGUGGGAGCUGGGUUGUGUUUGGGAUUUUGAGCGGAGGGUUUUUCAUCUGGCUUUGCAAGAAGUUUCUUGAGCAAUAUGGAGAAGUAAGCAUGCUCGAUAUAAAAGGUGCAGAUGCAAGUAAAGUUAUUCUUGUUGUCGGAAUAAUGACACUCCAUUCUUUUGGGGAGGGCUCUGGUGUGGGUGUUUCCUUUGCUGGCUCAAAAGGAUUCUCUCAAGGUCUUUUAGUUACUAUAGCCAUUGCUGUACACAACAUACCUGAAGGCUUAGCUGUAAGCAUGUUGCUAUCAUCCAGGGGUGUAUCCCCACAAAAGGCAAUGAUAUGGAGUAUCAUAACAUCUUUACCACAGCCAAUUGUUGCUGUCCCUGCAUUCCUUUGUGCCGAUGCAUUUCAAAAGGUGCUUCCCUUUUGUACUGGUUUUGCUGCUGGAUGCAUGAUAUGGAUUGUAAUUGCUGAGGUUCUUCCUGAUGCUUUUAAGGAAGCUGCUCCAUCUCAAGUUGCUUCUGCCGGAACGCUUGCUGUUGCUUUCAUGGAAACAUUGGGUACAGUGCUUCAGGGAUUUACUGAUGGCCACAACUCAGAAGAUACAGCAGGCUUUUUGGUAUCACUUGUAUUUGGACUAGGUCCUCUUUUUGGAGGAAUUGUACUUGUUGCAUUCUCUCUUACUUUCAGCAUGCCACACCCUCUUUUGACUGGUGUAGCAUCAGGCAUAGCCUUCCGUCUCGCAGCAUGGAGACCUUUACAACUUCUAAUGUCAUCGAAGAUGGGUCUAUUUACCACCUUAUUCCUCCUAAUUGGAGGUUCUCUCAUUUACCAUGUCGCCACAUCAAACAUCCUUCAGCUAGUUAACCGCAAGAAAUCUUCUGUUAAUGUAAUUACAUCAUCCUCAGGCCUCUCACUUAGUGUCCUCACACUGCAAUCGCUCCUUGCUUGCGGUUCUGUCUUCCUUCACGCAUAUGCUGAAGGUCUUCAACUUGGUGUGGCUGCGCGCAAGGCUUAUGGUCUAGGGCGCUACAUGGUUCUUCCAGUUUCCCUUCAUGGUCUACCACGAGGUGCUGCUGUUGCGAGCUGCAUAUAUGGUGCCACUGAUAGUUGGCGGGCAGCCUUGGCAGCCGCUGCUUUGACCGGCUUUGCAGGGCCAAGCGCUGCCAUCAGUGCAAUCCUCGCGAAGAUUGACUACAGUGGACUAGACUACUGGAUGGUCAUUGCCUGUGGUGCUUUGAUUCCAAGCUUUGGCCGAGUCUUCAAACGCUCGCUAAGGUUGGACAUGCGGAAGAGCAUCUGUGGGCUUUUGAUAGGUUUCGCCUUUGCCUCUGUAUGCCUGAUGUCGACCAGAUUCAUUUGCUUGCACACUCCCUACUGCAACUCAGCUCCAGAAGCAGUCACAUAACCUUUCUUUUCUUUGCUGGUACAGUUGUAGAACAUGUAAUAUCAGUGUAAUGAUGAUACAGGAAUGGAAAAAUUAUUACCGUUCAGGUUGAGGAAUUCCCUUGUAUGAACAAAUCAAAGGGAAAUAGGCAUGGAAUAUAUACCGGUUUAAUUUUUGUCUUUUCA